AGAAGACAGGUGUUUUAACUAGUUCUACUGCUAUUACAUUCAAGAAAGAAAAAGAAGAUGGCACCUACGGUAGCGGAUCAGGUGCGCAAGGCCGCGCCGGCGAUUGAUUCUGUCGUGUCCGAGUACUGCGCAGGCUACCUCUCGCACCUCGAGCGCACGAUUGCGACUGCUGAUUUAUCGUCCGAGAUCCCGUUUGUGCGGGAUCUUUUGCUGAACGCGGGGGCGUCUGCGAAAGCGGUGGGCACGCUGUGCGAGGGGUUGUUGGCGACGUUUGGGCCGCUGCAGGAGGACGCGCUGAAGAGAGCGGGCGAGGGGACGAAGAAGCUUGAGCAGGCGCUGGUGAUUGGUGCGCAGCGGGACGGGAUUUCGUCUGUGGGGUUGUUUGGCACGCCGGUUGAUCUUGACUCGAUCAGUGGGCGGAAGGUGGAUUCGAAGGUGGAUAAGAAGAAGCUGGAGAAGGCGGAGCGGAAGAUCCAGGCGAAGCUGGAGAAGCGGGCGAUGAAGUUUGUCGAGUACGAGGCGUCGAAGCUGAUUUCGACGCAGACGCCGGAGGACUAUGAUAAGUUUUACAUGGAGGUCAAUCCGCUGAUGCUCGGGGGCGCGGCGCAGGGCAAGAGCAAGGACAUCAAGAUUGAGAACUUUGAUUUGUAUGUCGGCGCUGGGCAGCGGAUUCUGUCGGACACGACGCUGACGCUGGCGUACGGGCAUCGGUAUGGCUUGAUUGGCCAGAACGGAAUCGGAAAGUCUACGUUGCUGAGGGCGUUGUCGCGACGAGAGUUGGCGGUGCCGAAGCAUAUCACGAUUCUGCAUGUCGAGCAGGAGGUGUCGGGCGACGACACGCCUGCGCUGCAGUCUGUGUUGGACGCGGACGUGUGGCGGAAGCAUUUGCUGAAGGAGCAGGAGAAGAUCACGAGACAGCUGGCGGAGCUGGACAAGAAGUUGCAAGAGUCGGAGGAUGGCGGGGAGAGCGAUGGGAUGCGGAGUGAGUUGGAGGUCGAGCGGAGUGAGCUCGACUCGACGCUGACGGAUAUCUACGGCAAGUUGUCAGAGAUGGAGAGCGACAAGGCGGAGUCGCGGGGGGCGAGUAUUCUCGCUGGUUUGGGAUUCUCGCAGUCGCAGCAAAACAACCCGACGAAGUCAUUCUCUGGAGGAUGGAGGAUGCGACUUGCGCUUGCGCGGGCGUUGUUUUGCAAACCGGAUCUGCUGCUGCUGGAUGAGCCUUCCAACAUGUUGGACGUCCCAUCCAUCACGUAUCUGUCAAAUUACUUGCAGGGUUAUCCAGGCACAGUCCUGGUUGUUUCUCACGACCGCGCGUUUUUGAACGAGGUGGCGACGGAUAUCAUCCACCAGCACAGCGAGCGGCUGGAUUACUACAAAAACUCGAACUUUGACAUGUUUUACGCGACGCGCGAGGAGCGGCGGAAGAACCAGAAGCGCGAGUACGAGAGCCAGAUGGCGUACCGGAAGCACUUGCAGACGUUUAUCGACAAGUUUCGGUACAAUGCCGCUAAAUCGUCUGAAGCGCAGAGUCGGAUCAAGAAGUUGGAGAAGUUGCCGAUUCUGGAGGCGCCGGAGGAGGAUCAGACGUUGACGUUCAGAUUCCCAGAGGUGGAGAAGCUGUCGCCGCCGAUUAUCCAGCUGGAGAACGUGACGUUUGCGUAUGAGGGCGGGGCGCGGACGGUUUUGAAGAAUGUGGAUUUGAGCGUGCAGACGGAUUCGCGGAUCGCGCUAGUGGGCGCGAACGGGAGCGGCAAGACGACGCUGCUGAAGGUGUUGAUUGGGGACGCGGAGCCGACGAUGGGGAUGGUGCAGCGGAACGCGCGGCUGCGGAUUGGGUAUUUUGCGCAGCACCAUAUCGACGCGAUGGAUCUGAAUCUGAACGCGGUGGGGUGGAUGGCGAAGAUGUGGCCGGGGAAGAGCGAUGAGGAGUAUCGGCGGCAUUUAGGUGCGUUUGGGAUUACGGGCACGCUGGGGCUGCAGAAGAUGGAGUUGCUGUCGGGAGGACAAAAGUCGAGGGUAGCGUUUGCGUGCCUGGGGCUUACGAAUCCGCAUAUUCUGGUGCUGGACGAGCCGAGUAACCAUCUGGAUACGGCGGGAUUGGACGCGCUGGCGGAGGCGAUUGAUAAGUUUGAGGGGGGUAUAUUGAUGGUUUCGCAUGACGUGACGCUGAUUUCGCGGACGUCGAAGCAGUUGUGGGUGUGUGAUGAUGGGCAUGUGGAGCAGAUACGGGGGACGAUUGAGGAUUACAAGAGGGAGAUAUUGGCGAAGGCGGAUGCGGCGGGGGUGGUGCAGCAGCAUUAGUCAAUAGUAGAGAGCAUUAGUCAAAUGAUAGAGAGAAGUAGUCAAGCAGUAGAGUAGAGUAGAGAAGAGAAGAGUCAGCAGCGCCAAGGCGGACACAGCUGCCGGAGUGGUAUUGACGUUGGACUGAUAUAGGCGAGAUGAAUAGGCAGAUGAGACUAUGCAGAAGUGAUGGGAAUAAGAGGACAGAGGAGGAAGAGGAGGAAGGAGGAAGAGGCAGGCAGGCACACACGGCGUUUGCCGAAAGAGGCAGGCGGAGGAACGGGUCAGUGCGGGGGGAGAAGUGAAGGAGAGAAGUAGAGGAGAGUAGAGGAGAGAAGUAGAGGAAGUAAGACGGUAUAUACUACAACAACAACAACAACAACAACAACAACAA